AUGGGACUUUGUUCUCAGUAUAAUUUACCGGCCCUUCAGGAAGGCUCAAUUCCCAAGGUCAAUGUUCCAGGUCCAUCUAGUACACCUGCAGCAGUACCCAUCCUCUCUUGCCAUUUUGCUUCGCCUGCUUCUGCUCUUUAUGCAACAGAAAGCUCCAUGGGCCUUUCACAUGAUACUAGUAGCUUAUCUACAUCUUCUCCAGCAAGCGAAACUCCAUAUUCAGUUGUUCAGUCACAAGACAAUAUUCUUGAUCUUCAACCAUCUGUCAACUUGAUCAAUUUGCAAAAGAAUCAAGAUCCAAGAAGUACAGAAAACACAUGCCGAGAUUUGUAUCAAUAUUCGCCGAGAAGUGACCUCUUUCCUCCUAUCCUGCAGAAGUCAGCAAAUAAAUUAGCCACCUUGAAUCAAAGCCAAAUGCAUGAUAUUGGUUUCAAGGAUCAUCAGAACCAUGGAGUUGCUUACCAUUCAUUCAGUUCUCAAUUUACAAAACCAACCUCUUACUUUCAGCCACAAAAGCAUCCUGUAUAUUCUCCUUAUGGCAAGAACUCUGCUACUAACAAUUCAAUUUCAUCAGGAACAACGUUCAAAAGCAAAAUGCGCCUUAGAUGGACUCAAGAUCUUCACAUGCGAUUUGUUGAAUCAGUAAAUCGACUUGGGGGUGCUGAAAAGGCUACUCCAAAGGGUAUUCUGAAGCUAAUGGACAUUGAUCGACUGACAAUCUUCCAUAUUAAGAGUCACUUGCAGAGGCAUUCACAUUGCCGAAGCAUUGCAACUACAGCUCGACGUGCAGAGGAGCCUACAUGA